AUGGCGCCAGCGAAAUUAAAACGGCAUUUUUCAUCUAAGCACGCCAAUCUCCAGUCUAAAGAAAAAAAUUAUUUUGAAAGGUUGUUGAAUAAUCAAAUGAAUCAAAGAAAACAUUUAAAAAAAAUUGUAACAAUAUCUGAUAAAGCACAAAUCGCAUCUUAUAAAGUUGCCGAAAUAAUUGCAAAACAGUUAAAACCACACACCAUAGCAGAGAGUUUGAUUUUACCGGCAUGUUCAGAAAUAGUUCAAAUUAUGUUUGGCGAUGAUGCAAAAAAAGAAAUUAUGAAAAUUCCGCAUUCAGACGAUACAAUAAAAAACAGAAUUAUACACAUGUCAGAUGAUAUUGAGAAAACUGUCACUAACAAGCUUACUACUAAUAAACUAUAUUUCGCUUUGCAAAUUGACGAGUCUACUGAUAUCAGUGGUAUAGCUCACGUACUAGGAUUUGUUCGUUUCAUUGAUGAAAAUAAAAUAGUGAAUCAAUUUUUAUGCUGCAAAGUCCAAAUGCAUGGGGAUCAUUAUUAA